AUGCCAAACAAAUGUUCUAUAUCUUCACUUCUGAAUCCUAUUUCUACUUUGAAUAACGAUGGGUCACCAUCAGAUUUUUCUUCCAGUGGCAAUAUGCCUCUUUCCCAUCUUCCUACUCGUCUGGGUAACCCUUGUCGAAACGAAUUUGACCAAUACUCGUGGAACCCAAACCUCCUGGAGAACAAACGGUCGGGGAACUUAUACAACAAUUGUUGCGGUCCCAUCGAGCGGAACAACAUUCCCAACUCUGCAAGUCGUCACGAUAUUGGAACGCCUUCAGCUACCGAUCGUUUCUUCGAUUUCGGUUGUGGGCAAUUUCAUGGAGGGAGUCAUCGAAACGAGGUUUUCGCCCCCACAGGAGAUAUCUCUAAUUUCAAUAAUUUACGGGUUAGAAACGAGGACCACAUCGAUUUGGAGCAACCAGCGAGUUCCAUGGUACGAGCCCGCGAAUAUCCUUCGUCUAAUGGUACUUUGUCGACUCUCUCUCACGGAAUGACAAAAAAAUAUUCUUUAUAUCGAUCCUCACCUCUGGUUAUCACACCCAGUACCGGAAAAAAAUCAUCACUGUCGAGAACAUGCUCUGCUUGUGGAACUACCAACACCGUUGCAUGGCGAAGAUCGAAACUACAUCCUGGCAACCAUACUAGCACGAAUCAAAUAGCUUUGGCAGCUUUGACCACAUGGCUUCCUUUUGCUCGGUACGACAGCGUCACCGAAGUCAAUUUGGUUGACGACUUAGCACUGCUAGUAGUAGGCUUAUUGUCAUCUGUCGAACGCGAGUUUGACUUUGGAUUGGCAGAAGCAGAGUCUGAAGCUGACGGAGACAACGUAGACGAUGUACGAUCCCCCUCACUUCUUGUUGUAGAUGUUCGGAUCAAGAAUUGGUAUCAGUCGUCGAAGUACAACUCGAAACCGUAUCGGGGGGGAAAUCACAGCUAG